AUGGACGAAAAAGUACUUGUUACCGGGGCCUCCGGAUACAUUGCUAUGCAUGUCAUCAAUAUCUUGCAGUCGGAGCGGUACCAUGUUAUAGCUACAACAGACACUCAGGAAAAAGCCAACAGAAUUAGCUCUGCUUUCGAACACUACUACCCAUAUGCAGUGCUCGAUGUCGUUAUUAUCAAAGACGUCACCAGCCAAACUGCUUUUGGAGAGGUUUUUGAGAAGCAUCAAGAUAUUCAGCAUGUAAUUCAUACGUCGCCUGCCGCACCUGUGGGCGAAGAGCGACACACUGUUGAAGCGGAGUAUUUGAUCCCGGCAACUGAGGGAACCAAAAAUGUCCUAGAGUCCAUUCGGGUUCAUGGGCAUAAUGUGAAGACAGUCGUUGUAACCUCGUCCUUUUCUGCGCUGAUGGAUCUGGACAACGCUGCUGAUCCCGGUUGUGUAAUUUCGGAGAAAUCUUGGAACCCCAUAACUUGGGAAGAGGCCCAUAACAUCGAAAGCAAAGCGUAUGCGGCGUCCAAGAAGAUCGCGGAACAACUUGUGUGGAAAUUCUAUGAGGACAACAAGGACAGUAUCAAAUUCACGUUGACUACUGUGAAUCCUCCUUACGUUUUUGGACCCCACGUAUUUGAAUGGGGGCUGGAACUAGGCGCAUGGAAUACCACUGCCAAAUUCAUAGACCGAGCGUUGAAUUUGUCUCCCAGUGACCAAGGACCUUUUAUCAAGCCUCGUGGGAUCUGCUGUGACGUGAGAGACGCUGCUCUGUUGCACGUUUUGCCGCUUCGGAAUCCCAAUCUGGCUGGUCACAGACUGUUCCCGGUGAAUGGUACUGGUAUUAAGCAACAUAGCUAUGAGGACGGGAAAUUCAAUCUACAAAGAGUCAUUGACAUUUUGAAUGCGACGUUCCCCGAGUUAGAGGGCAAGCUCCCAGCAGGCCCACAAACGGAGAAUCAACAAAAUUUGGAUCAGUUGACCCGCUACAACAACGAUGAGACGUGUAGGCUGACCGAAAUGGAAUUCAAAUCUUUUGCUACUACUCUUCGAGACGCAACGAUUCAGAUAAUGAAGGUUAAAUCAAGACAAACAUGA